CUCCUCCCAUCCAACUGUCCCACCAUCCUAGCGUCCCACCAUCCCACCAUCCAUCUCACUGCCCCACCAUCCCAUCCGGGUGACAUAUCCGGUAUUUGCGGGGGAGCUCCACAACGAUAGAGGGGAAUAGGAUAAGUCGUUCGAUUGCCAAAGUUUGUCGCCGUCCAGUGCAGUUGAUAAUCAAAUUAUAUAUCGACUAUCCCUAACUGUCGUUGCGAAAGUUCAAAUCGCAUCAUCUACAACGGUCUCCUGCCUACUUAGAGUUCUAACAGAUUACCUGACGCGAAUAGUAGAAGACCGCAAAAUGGCCGCCGAGAAAGCCUUCACGGGAAAUAUGAAGGACCUAACAAGCGAGAACAUCACUGAAAAUGUGCAAAUUAUCAACUCACAAUGCGACGACCGCAGGUUGAAAUUCCUAAUCAAUCGCUUGGUCCUACAUAUCCAUGACCUUGUUCGCGAGACACGGCUAAGCACCAAGGAGUGGAUGGCAGCGAUCCAUUUUCUGACGGAGGUCGGCCAAAUUUGCUCGGAUGCGCGACAGGAAUUCGUGCUUCUCUCUGACAUUCUCGGCCUGUCAUUAUUAGUCGAUUCUGUUGACCACCCUUGCCCGCCGGGCGCCACUGAUCCAACUGUGUUAGGCCCAUUCCAUACAGAGGAAGCACACGAGAUUGGCCACGGCGAAGGCCUCAGCCAUGAUCCAGAUGGAGAGCCAUGUCUUUGCAUCUGUACCGUGAAGGACCUUGACGGCAAACCUAUCGAGGAUGCGAAAGUCGACAUCUGGGAGACAGAUUCCAAGGGCUUCUACGACGUGCAAUAUGCAAAUCGUGAUGGGCCAGAUGGACGCGCGGUUCUGAGGAGCGACGCAGAGGGAGUGUUCUGGUACAAGGCGAUUGUGCCGGUGCCGUAUCCUAUUCCGCAUGAUGGCCCAGUCGGAAAGCUGCUGGGAAGGUUGAAGAGACAUCCGUACAGGCCAAGUCAUAUGCAUUUUAUGUUUGAAAAGGACGGAUUCGAUCCCUUAGUUACCGCCCUCUAUCUUAAAAACGACCCAUAUAUCGACUCGGACGCUGUUUUUGGCGUCAAGGAAUCGCUGGUUAUCGAACUAGAAGAGGUUACGGACGAGAAGAUGGAAGAGCAGUAUGGAGUCAAGAUUGGCACCAAACUCCUCAGGUAUAACUUUGUGCUGGUUACGAAUGAGGUGGCUAUGGAGCUAAGGUUAGAGAAGGCCGAAGAUGCGAUGAAGGCACAAGCUAUUGAUGUCUUGUUCAUCGACGGCCUGCCCGUACCUGCUUUAGAUUAGGGGAAAGGGGAUUUAUAAAAGAAUUGACACAGUUGCAUAUGCAGUAUUGCAAUAUUAUAUUUAUUAUUUAACUCAGUAACUUAAAUUUUAA